CCCUCUCCAUUUGGCUUGACAGAUCAUGGCACUCUGGCGAGCAUAUCAGCGGGCCCUGGCUGCUCACCCGUGGAAACUACAGGUCCUGACAGCUGGGUCCCUGAUGGGCCUGGGCGAUGUUAUCUCACAGCAGCUGGUGGAAAGGCGGGGUCUGCAGGAACACCAGCUCAGCCGGACCCUGACCAUGGCGUCUCUGGGCUGUGGCUUUGUGGGCCCGGUAGUAGGAGGCUGGUACAGGGCUUUAGAUCGGCUCAUCCCUGGCACAGCCAAGGUAGAUGCACUAAAGAAGAUGCUACUGGAUCAGGGGGGCUUUGCUCCAUGUUUUCUAGGCUGUUUCCUCCCUCUGGUGGGGACACUCAAUGGACUCUCACUCCAGGAAAAUUGGGCCAAACUAAAGCGGGAUUAUCCCGAUGCCCUCAUCACCAACUAUUAUCUCUGGCCUGCUGUGCAGUUAGCUAAUUUCUAUCUGGUCCCCCUUCAUUACAGGCUGGCUGUCGUCCAGUGUGUUGCUGUCAUCUGGAACUCAUACCUGUCCUGGAAGUCCCAUCAGCUCUAA